AUGGGCAAGAAGUGCGAAGUCUGCAAAAAGAAAUGUUCGGGUGAUGUACUGAAGGCCAAUGAUAAAUAUUUCCAUAUCCAAUGCUUCCAGUGCAAACCUGCCGAUGGUUCGUACCUCUGCCCAGAAGACUAUCGAGCUCUUGGUCGUGGAACCACCAAACGUCAGCCGACGGUAUCUAAAACGCCAGAUGUUGAUUCGAGACCGGCGGCGGCAGUUAAUGGCGAGCAAACCAUUAACAACGUCAAAGAAUCCGAGCAACUCUCACCAUUAGGAUCGCCAUCUGGUACGUUAUAUUUUAGUAUUAGUUAUUAUUUUCACUUGUAUUUUAUUUGA